AUGCUGCUAGCAGCAGCAGCAGCGGCAGUCGGCGUAAGCCUAGGCGACCUCGUAUCGGAAACAGGGGCGAGCGGAGCAAGGGGCGCAACAAGGGGAGCAGCGGAGGGAGCAGCGGGGGAAGCAGCGGGGGGAGCAGCAGCGAGGGGGGCAGCGGUUGCAGCAACGAUCACGGACCGGCCGAUGGAGUCGUACGACGAGCAGCGGCUGCUGGAGCAGAACCGCCGCAUCCAGCGCCUCAACCAAGCGCCUGAGAACUUCCCGGGGUUCAUCCGCCAAGGCUUCGAAGUGAGGGUAGUGACAGGGCCCGAGUACCAGGUCUCGCCCACAGGGCUGAUCUACUGGGACAUAGUGGAAGGUCAGGGCGAGCCUCCAUCGUCAGGACAGGAGGUGGAGUUCAACUACAUAGGCUUUAACGAGUCGGGCAGGCGUGUGGACAGCACGUACCUGCAGGGCCGCCCCGCCAAGACCAGAGUCGGCAUCAACGGCAUGAUCCCAGGGUUUGAGGAGGGCAUUAGUGGCAUGAAGGCGGGUGGGCGCAGGCGAAUCAUCAUCCCUCCUGAGCUCGGCCCCCCGACCGGCCCCUCCACCUUCUUCAGCGCCAAGCAGUACGAGGUGUUUGACAUCGAGCUGCUUGCCAUCCGCACCUGCGAGCGCCGCCAGAUCGUUUUCUACUCUGACGUUGUGUGCCAGUGA